GAGAGGCGGAAUGCAGCAGAGAAACCAGUGCGUGCCCACAUGCACAGCCGGCAGACAGUCCUGGGCUUUGAGAUUGAUGCGGUGAACUCAGUCCAGUUUUCCAACCACACAGGCUACGCACACUGGAGCGGCCAGGUGCUGAACUCCAGCGAGCUCCAGGAGCUGUACCAAGGCCUGAGGCUCAACAGCGUGAACAAGUAUGACUACGUACUCACGGGCUACACGAGAGACACGUCCUUCCUGACCAUGGUGGUGGACAUCGUGCAGGAGCUGAAACAGCAGAACUCACGGCUCGUGUACGGUGGGUGCUGGGCCGGGCGGGGCGAGGGCGGGGCUUACGUCCCAGAGGACCUCCUUCCCGUGUACCGAGAGAGGGUGGUGCCAGUGGCGGACAUCAUAACACCCAACCAGUUCGAGGCAGAGCUACUGAGUGGCAGGAGAAUCCGCAGCCAGGAGGAGGCGCUGACGGUGAUGGACGUGCUGCACUCCAUGGGCCCUGACACUGUGGUCAUCACCAGCUCCGACCUGCCCUCCCCUCGGGGCAGCGACUACCUGAUCGCGCUGGGCAGCCAAAGGACCCGGCGGCCCGACGGCUCUACAGUGACCCAGCGCAUCCGGAUGGAGAUGCUCAAGGUGGACGCCGUCUUUGUGGGCACCGGCGACCUCUUUGCCGCCAUGCUGCUUGCCUGGACUCACAAGCACCCCGACAAUCUCAAGGUGGCCUGUGAGAAGACCGUGUCGGCCAUGCACCAUGUUUUGCAGAGGACCAUCCGGUGUGCCAAAGCCCAGGCCGGGGAAGGACACAAGCCCAGCCCGGCCCAGCUAGAGCUGAGGAUGGUGCAGAGUAAGAAGGACAUCGAGGACCCGGAGAUCGUCGUCCAGGCCACCGUACUGUGAGGACUGUGCUCACCCGACACAGCCUGCUGGUGUCUCGUCUCGUCCUGUGAACCUGUAACGUCUGCCUUAGCGCUGUGACCAAAACUCAGCAUUCCUCCCCUCGUGAUCUGGCGUUGCCGCUCGGCUGUGAAAACCUGCCAGUUUUUUGCUACGACCCACACAGCAGCCCGUCGGUGUGGUGUGGACCCCGCGCCCCCGGUCCAGGCUGGGUCCGCGUGGGUGUGGCCCAUGGGGCAGUGGCUGGCCCGCUGCCCUGCAGACCCUGGGGUUGGCGGCCUCUGUCGUGAGUGGGGCGUGGCCGUGGCAUCCGGGAGAACCACACCACCUGUGUGCUGUCACCCUGGUCUCCGCCUGUCUGUCCCUGCAUUAGAAUCUCUGUCAUCAUCUGCUGCCCACUGGGUCUCUGGGGCACCCCCAUCCCCGUACGCAGCCACUGGACCACAGAUUCCUGUGCCAUGGUCACCACGGCGGGGACCUCAGCCCAGUGCCUCCCGUAGGCCUGCAGACCUCGUGGGCGGCAGCGGCAUUUCCUGUGACUUGGGGGUGACUGCGAGGCACCUGCCACGCACUGGAGGGAUGGGCUCUGUGCAUUCACCACACCGCUGCUGUGUGCUGGGCUCUCCGGAGGGUGCCAGGGAGAAAUGGGGCCCUGCGGCUCCAGGAGAGCAGGUGUCGUGUGUCCCAGGGCCUCCCCAGGAGUGGCAGGAAGAUGCCGCCUGGUUGCGAGUCCCUCACUGUGCCUCGAGGCCAGUGCCGUGCUCCCUGGGCGAGCCUCCCGUCCCCAGCGUUGAUGGGAUUUUCCUGGUCCCUGCGGCCCCUCUGAGCCUGGCACAGCGGAGCAGCAGGAGGGAGGCGGCCCCAUCCCUCCUGCUUUUUCCUGUCUCCCUCCCUCCACUCCUCUUCAGCGCAGAGCGAACCGUGUGUAUCUCCCAGGUGAACAUCGCUCCAUCCCCGGGGUGCAGCAUAGGCGUGGGGACGACGCUGCGUUGGGCUUCAGGGCAGGGCCCUGUCUGAGGCAAGUCCCUUCAACUGUGCUCAGCGGCCUGGUUCCUCGGGGAUGUGGUCUGUGCCCGUGUCACACACAGGUGACAAGUUCCCCACUCCAGAGAGCUUCCCAAAGCACUGUGAACUCAGGCUCAGCUGGAAACUGCCCAAACAGCUGUUGGCAUGGGUCGGGGAGGCCGUGGGGUCCAGGGACUGAGCAGGAGGAAGUGGGGGCCUCACGAGGAUGGCUCGGGUCUUGAGAGGCAGGGACGUGGGUGGGAGCGAUGUUAGGGCCUAGGAUGCAGCCCCACGGGCAGUGCUCACCCUGCGCCACAGGCAGGAGGAAGGAGGGAGGGAGAGAAGGGGCGCAUCCUCAGAGCGCUGUCCUGCCCGACUGCCCGCCCCCAAGCCUGGGGCUCCUCUGCAUCCAGUGUGAGUCCUGGCUCCCGCGGGCUGUUCCUCAGGACGGUGUGGCCCAGCCCAGGGGACAUCCUGGGUCCACACAGAGCUCCCCAUUGGAGAAGGUGGCAGCGGGCGCUGGUAGCGUUCUGGACACAGCUUGGGUCCAAUCACCCUUUGUUUUUUCCGUCCGCAGUGACAUACACUAAUGUGCUGAUUCAUUUUGAAAGGAAAGCUGUUAGCCCCUGUUGUCUGCUUAUUCUUAGGAGACAGGAUUUUAAUACUUUCUUAAUCAAGACCGUAGGAAGGAACUGAUGAGUAUGGUCUUUUUAAUCAAUUUUAAAUCAUUGUCUCGUCCUGCAAAGGUAACUGUGGGCCUUGCUCGGUUCUCUGUGGUCUCCAUCAGUGAUUGUAAACAAGACACCUCCUUUCCUGUCCUGUCCUUAAAGCUGUUGCUUCCAGUUUUUAAAACGUGUAGUUUUUCAGGGGACCAAGCCAGCCCCACUUGCUGCACUGCGGGGUGGAAGGGUUGCUUUACAGCAGAUGGUGGCUGCCCAGUCCCUGUGGUGCCGAUCACCCUGCCCUGUCCCCAGUCGGUGCGCCGUCAUUGAGGAAGGCAGGCUGCCGGGUCCCUGGCUUCAGGACGGCUCCUGACCGACACCAUCCCCCCCUUCAGCCUUCUGCCCUCUCCCAGGACAGCACAGGUUGGGAGGGGACAGUGUUCACAGGGUCCCCUUCCGUGCUGCUCCUAGGGCCUCUGUCCUGUCCCUGUCCUCCGGGCCAGAGAAUGGUGCUGGAGUUUGAGGGGCAGAGGGCACAAAGCACUGGUGGUAGCUUCCCGGGGACUCCAUCUGCCCCAGGGUGUUGGCAGUGAUCGGCCCCUCCUGCUGCCAGGGGCAGGGCCUUCCUUCCCUCCAGUUGUGCACACAGCGCCGAGCAGGAAGUCCCAGGGAGAACUGGGUGUGUCGGAAGAGCACGCGGAUGGGUGCUGACCACAGGGCACCCUGAGGCCGGUCCUGGGCGUGCAGGUCCUGUGUGAGCUCCUGGCCAGGGAGGCCUUGAACUUGGGCACAGGGCGUGCAGAAUCUUGUGCUCCUUUUAGUAACUGGUCGCUGCCUCUGCUGUGCACUUCCGGCCUCCACCAGCAGGGGUCGCCUUGAGCCAGAGGUGUUUGCUCCCUGGCCUUCUCGGGUACUUGAAAUAUUCUUUGCCCUCUGCAGUACCAGGGAGCGAUCAGCUACAUUCCAGCUCUCUGUAAGUGUUCUGGUGGGCCCUCAUCCACUCCUUCCGGCUGGCCUUGAACUUUGCAGCCUCUGAGUGCUGGGGUUAUGGGCACCAGCCUGAGGCUGUGUGUGCAGGCAACUUUGGGUUUGUGUGAAUUUUCCUAUGCCCAACUGGUGUGUGUCUCCUCACCCCCUUCCCACGACUGCCGGGCUGCAGGGCUGGAGUCACUGUUACCCGAGCUGUGCCCAUCUCUGGCAGAGCGCAGAUGCUUUCUGCUCUCCAUGCACGAAGCCAGAGCUUUGUGAGGAGACCAAGUCAGUCCCCAGUCGGCCUAGUGGUGCAGCCCGCUGCGGACCCCCAUUCAUGGAGUCCUGUCCUUGCCAGGCCUCUCCUUCCUCCCCGAAGCUGUUUCUGCUCUUUUUGCAACUGGGCGGCACUUUGGGUGGGAAAGGCCUUCACUAGCCACCUGGCCGGGGAGCACCGCCGUGAGCGGCAGCACCGUUCCUGUCUGGAGCUGGGCUGUGGCUCCUGAGGCCAAGUUGUGCUGUCACAAGGGACCCAGCUUGGGGACGAGGAGUGUGCGCUGGGGCCGGCAGGACAGACAGAAUCUGCAGAUGUGGCAGAGCCCACUGGUGUGUCCCACGGCGGGCAGUGGGGGCCCAGGAGGUUCCCGUGGCACACAGAUGGUUUCUGCGUGGCUGUGCAUAUGAGAUGGGAGGGAACUCACCUGCUCCAUGGGUCCAAAGUGGGCACCCUGUGAGUGCUUUCAGCUUCGGGGCUGCGCAGCCCCUGGUACAGCUGGGAUUUCUCCAGUCACUGCAGAACUGGACCGACAGGAAGAGGCUCGGCCUUUAGGAGGCUCCUCCCCUGGCGGGCAAAGCACGUCGCCCAUAGGCCCUGCCGUGGUCAGUGGUCAGGGAGCCCCGUGUCUGUAAAUGUGACCUCCUCCCAUGCUCUCGUGUAGGCCUUCUCUGUGUUGUGCUGGUCCUGUUGACUUAGAUGAUUAUCCACAAAUAAAUAUUUUCAUGCAACUGCGCGGCA